AUGCGCCUCUUCGUGUAUUUCACUGCGUUGACGGUAUGGAUCAUCAGCGUCCGAUCCCAGACCGCAACACUGGGCCUUUCCGAUGGAUUCCUCUCGUUUGAUACGCCAAACCUCUCUGUUGAGCUUGUUAAAGACUCGCAGACGCUGUACUCUCUCCGCCCCAAGAGCGGUUCAGGAGCGGGAACUUUCGACUUCAUCCCUGCUGAUAUGAUGACCGAGCGCCAGUAUAACGGCAACUACCACCUCGGUGAUAUUACCUUCAGAGCCCGCAAGGUCGGUUCUACGGCAUGGAUCAGCGGUGAUAGUUCCGCCGCCCGCAAGACAUUGAGCCCGUCGCCGGUGUCGGGGUCCACGCUCGCGGCCGCGAACCUCGGACCAACCCUCCCAUCCGGAUCUCUUCUAAACAUUACGCGGAGGUGGAUAGUGCAAAACGGGCAACUUGAACUAUUGUUCGACAUCACCAACUCUCAGUCCUCGGCCGUUGAGAUCGGCGCUCUUGGAGCACCCCUUGAGUUCAACAAUAUCUUCACCGAUCGUACCGCCGCCGAUACAAACACGAAAUGCAGCCUUUUCGACCCUUAUAUUGGGCUUGACGCCGGUUACGUUCAGGUCACCCCGCUGCUGGGUACCUUGCCUCCAUUGGUUGUCGUUCCGGCCAACGGUACAAGCUCCCCGCUCGAAGGCUGGCGAUUCCUUCCUGAGAGCACAGCGAAUCCGCCGUAUUACCAGUCUCAGACAUUUGAGGGCCUUUUCGAAUGGCAGUUUCAUACUUUGGCAUACGCGCAAAACGAGUGGCGUAAUGUUACACCGUGGAACGCGCCCACUUCCGCCAUUCUACAACCGGGGCAAACGCGUACCUAUGGCUUACAGUUCCGUCUCGCGUCUUCUAUCCGCGGCAUUGAAGACGAAGUACGCAACGCAAGCGUCCCCGUGGCUGUCGGCGUGCCCGGCUAUAUCCUCACCGCUGACCAGGUCGGCAAGCUCUUCUUGAGCUCUCCUUCGAAGGUAGCCUCCUUGUCCGUUAGCCCGUCCGGUGCGCUAUCCUGGACCGCGAACAAGGAUGCAACAUCCAGCUCCUACGUGGGCUAUGAUAUCACGCCCCAUGCUUGGGGUCGUGCUCAACUCACGAUCACCUACAUGGAUGGAAGGAAGCAAACGGUACAUUACUAUCUGACGAAGAGCGGGACGCAGGCGAUGUCGGACUUGGGCAACUUUCUGACGACAAACCAAUGGUUCGACGAUCCCAACGAUCCUUUCCACCGCUCCCCGUCGGUCAUAAGCUACGAUAGAGAGGCCAAUGCGAUCGUUAAAGAUGAUCCCAGAGCAUGGAUCCCGGGGUUGAGCGACGAAGCGGGUGCUGGCUCGUGGCUUGCCGCCAUGAUGAAGCAGUACGUGCAGCCCAAUGCAGCCGAAGUCACGAAACUUGAAGCGUUCGUCAAUCAAACGUUGCACGGCUCCAUCCAGAACUUAAAUGGGACUGUCAAAAAGUCCGUUUACUUCUAUCAGCCAUCGUUGGUUCUUCAGUACAGCUAUCCAUCGAGCAUUGACUGGGGCAACUGGUGGUCGUGGUCGGAAGCGGAUUCAUAUGCGACCGAUCGGGCCUAUGACUACGUGCACGUCACAGCCGCCUACUGGGCCUUGUACCGUGUCGCGCGGAACUACCCCUCAUUGGUGAAGACGCACAAUUGGCAGUGGUAUCUGAACCAGGCCGUGACGACUGUCGUGACGAUGGCUAAUCCCAAUUCCGUUGGAUACGUGGACGACGGACUCAUGGACGAGACAGUCUUCCGCGUUCUGCUAGAUGAUCUCCAUAGAGAAGGGCUGACAGCCAAUGCUAGCGUCGUCGAGAGCCGCAUGAGGGCCAGGUGGACGAUAUGGGCUGGAGAACGUUAUCCAUUCGGCUCGGAGAUGGCAUGGGAUUCGACCGGACAAGAGGGCGUCUAUGUUUGGGCGAAAUACUUCAACGACUCUACGACCGCUCUCAACGUGAUCAACUCGAUCAUUGCAUAUCAGCCCACAGUUGCGCACUGGGGAUACAACGGUAACGCCAGGAGGUAUUGGGAUAACGUAUACGGCGGCAAACUGCAACGCAUCGAACGCCAGAUUCAUCAUUACGGCAGCGGGUUGAACGCGUUACCGCUCAUGUCGCAAUUUAUGUCGACUCCCACGGACUACUACCUCCUCCGCGUGGCCUUCGGUGGUCUCAGCGGACCGCUGUCCAACAUCGACCAAAGCGGAUUCGCAUCCGCCAGCUUCCACUCCUGGGAGGAUACGCUCAAGUGGGAUGGAUAUUCGGGCGAUUACGGUCCGAAUUAUGUCGGACUCAGCCUCAACCAAGGCACCUAUAUCGUGCAGCACCCCGAUUUUGGCUGGCAAGCAUUUGGCGGUAUCGUCACUCAGAAGUCGCCGACGAUCGUGGUGCAGGUUAAGGAUGCAGUCCGUCGACGGGUCUUCGUUGGCCCUAUCGCAACCCUCUUGACGCUUGAUGCCGGCACCUUUUCACAAGUUGAAUUCGACCCCGCCGUCAAAUCGGUCAAGUUGACCAUCGUCGCAGGCGCACAAAGCACCACUGCAACCGCCGCUAGCGCACCCGCGGGAAGAUUGGUCGUAUCAACGACGGUGUCGGGCACGCACGCGUUGAAGCCGUCGACCAAUUUGGCACUUGAUGCUGGAGCGUACACGAUACCGUUCACCAACGGCGCGGCUUCAGUUACCCUCGUGCAGUCUUGAGAACAUUGGGUAUGGAUCUUG